AUGGAGUCCGGGCCACCUUAUCAGUUCACAGUUUACAACCACGAGGCUGGUGUAAACCUUUUCAAGAUUCUGAUUACGCUAAAUGAGCUCGACCUCACGGAGUAUCUCCUCGACUUUGGCAAGGAAGAACACAAGGAAGAGUGGUAUACCAAGAUGAUGCCGAAUGGACGUAUUCCGAUGAUUAUCGACCACUGGAAUAAUGACAAGAUUGUCUGGGAGAGCAAUGCUAUUAUCAAAUACAUUGCUAGCCGAUACGAUACAGAGAAACGUCUAGUGGUCACGGACCCGGACGAGGAGACUGAUAUGGACACUUGGCUCUUCUUCCAAGCAUCGCACCAAGGACCCUACUUUGGUCAACUUCAGUGGUUUUCGUUUUAUCAUGAAGAACCUGUUCCCUCUGCCGUUGUCCGGCUCGUCGGGGGCAAGAUUACCAUUGCCGAUAUCUCCUUUAUCAAAUGCAAUGAAUACGCGAGCAAGCACCUGCUCGGCGCAACGUUUGACUUUGCGGCUGAAUUCCCCCAUGCUGCGCGAUGGCAUGCUCAGAUGAUGGAACGUCCAUGCGUGAAAAGGGUGUUCAAGUUUAAAGCCGAGCAGGAUUGCGGACGGGAGAGACAACAUGUGACUGGGGAGACUGUGUCUGCGUUUGCGGAGCGGAUGGGAUGUGGGAUUGAAGUGGGAGGUGUUGUCCAAGUGGCAGUCUAA